CUUAUAUUUUUCUCGUCUUUCUCCUGCAUUUGGGAGACUCGGAUUUCACAGGUUUCUGAUCGAAAUCUGGGUUUUGAAUUAACAUUCGUAGAAUCCGUUUGAUUUCUGGGUUGAUUCAAGGUUUGGGAUUUUCUCUAUUCUUUGAUUCCGCAUCGAGGUUGGUUGGUUUUUGUGGUUUUGUCAAUGGGCUCUUUGGAUGAGGUCCAUUUAUGCGUUGAGAUUGAGAAUGGAAUGAAGUUGGGUUUCGAGGAAGAGCCUGAAACCAUAGCUAUUCAGGAUGCUGUCAAAGUUCUAUUGCAGGGUUUGGGUGAGGAUGUCAACAGAGAGGGUCUUGUGAAAACUCCCCUUCGUGUUGCCAAGGCACUUCGUGGAGGAACAAGAGGUUACGAGCAGAAGGUGAAAGAUGUUGUUGAGGGAGCUUUAUUCCCUGAAGUGGGUUUACAUGAUGGAGUUGGUCAUGCUGGAGGUGUAGGUGGGCUUGUGAUCGUUCGAGAUCUCGAUCUAUUCUCGUAUUGUGAGUCAUGCUUGCUUCCGCUUCAGCUUAAGUGUCAUGUAGGUUAUGUGCCAUCAGGCCAGCGGGUUGUUGGCUUAAGCAAACUCUCUAGGGUAGCUGAUGUGUUUGCAAAACGACUGCAAGACCCACAGCGUUUAGCCGAUGAAAUAUGUUCAUCUUUGCACCAUGGAAUCAAGCGCGGGGUUGCCGUGAUACUUGAGUGUUUGCAUAUUCAUUUCCCGAAUUUGGAGUCGGUCUGCCUGGACUCGAAGCAUCAAGGAUGGUUAAAAGUGCUUGUGUCCUCGGGAUCUGGUGUUUUCGGAAAUGAAAAUGCUGAUGCCUGGGUUGAUUUUCUUGGUCUUCUGAAAUUCAGAGGUGUGACUGCGGAGAAAAUUCUCACAAAGGACUCUACCAAACAAAGUUGGUGCCCUUCACAUUCUUCACCUAUGGCUAAAAUUCCGUCUGAUCUUGUAGCAGGCAACCCUGAAAUGGUUGCUGCAGUAGCAUCAAUACUCAGAUCUUUGGGUGAAGAUCCAUUAAGGAAAGAGCUUGUGGAAACUCCUGGCCAUUUCGUGAGGUGGUUGAUGAAUUUUCAGAAUACGAAGUUAGAGAUGAAGCUGAAUGGCUUCGCUUGCGGCAUAACCGAUCUCCUUAAACCUAAUGGGGAAGUCGGUUUGCGCAACAACAAACAUAUGCAUUCAGAGUUGAACCUGUCAUUCUGGUCACAAUGUGAGCACCAUCUACUUCCCUUUUAUGGUGUAGUUCAUAUUGGAUACUUCUGCCCUAAAGAAUUCAACCACAUCGGGAAGUCCCUUUUGCAGUCAAUAGUACAUUUUUACGGCUUCAAGCUCCAAGUGCAAGAAAGACUUACAAGGCAAAUUGCCGAGACGGUUUCAUCUAUCUUAGGUGGGGAUAUCAUGGUAGUUGUGGAAGCUAACCACACCUGUAUGAUUUCUAGAGGGAUCGAAAAAUUUGGCAGUAACACGGCUACAAUUGCUGUGCUAGGCCAAUUUGCAACCGAUCCGGCUGCUAGGGCGAUGUUUUUACAGAGGAUUACAGACGGCACUGCUUCUCAAAUAUCAUAGUUAUUCUUUUUUAGAUCCUCAGUUCAUGCUUUCCCAGUAUGCAGCAGUGAUGAAUAAGGUAUAAUUUUAUAUUUUAUACUGUAUACUCCAUGGAUUACAAACAAAAUUGCAGCUUGGGGCUUGGUUAUGUUCCAAAUCCAGUUUGCAUAUUGAAGGCACGAGUUCCAUUUAUGGCACCAUAUUUAGAAUUUUUUAU